AUGGCAGCACGACAACAACAACGGCGAAAAUUUCGUGAUAAGAAGGACAUAUUCCGGGAUUUCAGUGAUGCUGAGCUCAUCAGAAGAUACCGUCUGGAUCGUGCUGGCAUCGUAGCAGUGACAGACUUGGUGAGGGACGAACUGCACAGUCAAACUUGCCGAAAUAAAGCACUCCCUCCAGAGCUGAAGGUGGCUAUAACUCUUCACAAGAAAGUUCAGAGGAAGCAGGUGGAGUUCAUGGCUAUAGCCGGAUUUCCUGGAGUAGUGGGCGUGAUUGACGGGACCCACGUGCGGAUUGUGGCACCCAAAGAUGAUGAGUACGCCUAUGUGAACAGGAAACGCUACCAUAGCAUCAAUGUUCAGGUAGUGUUUGAUACCACCUACAAGAUCCUGGACAUAGCAAAAUGGCCUGGAUCAGUGCAUGAUGCCCGCAUCCUGGAUGAAUCUGGACUCAAAAUCUUAUUUGAGGAUAAUUAUGUGCACAACCAUGCCAUCUCCUUGGGGACAGUGGAUAUCCAUUCAAGCAGUGGCUCCUAA